UCGUCAAGCCCCCCCACCCCCAGGGUUCCAAAGAACAACUGAUAAUCCUGAGGAAUCACAAAAUUGGGUAGAGGAAUUCCAACUCUGCCGUUUGGGUACGACAGCAGCAGCAGAUAAUCCUGAAACGGGUGAAGAUGCAACACAAAGUUCUGCAGGACAGCAAGAGGGUGCCACAGUGCAGAGUGCUGUAAUACAACAUGUAAGGGACAUGGGUUUUGAAUUAGAAAAGAUCGUGGCUGUUGUGGAACAAAAACUGCAGAAAACAGGGAAGAAUUAUGAUACUGUGCAAGCCUUGGUAACAGAUCUGCUGAAAGCAGAAGGAAAAUCAGAUGAUGAAAACAUGGAGCAUUCAGAAGAAGCUGAUGUUCAGGAGAAAUUGAGACGCUUGCAAGAAGAAAAGCUCUGUAAAAUCUGUAUGGAUAAGAAUAUUUGUAUUGUUUUUAUUCCCUGUGGUCAUCUGGUAACAUGCCAGAGUUGUGCUGCAGCCAUUGAGAAAUGUCCUAUAUGCUGCUGUGUCAUUAAUCAGAGACUUAAAACUUUUAUGUCCUAGAUCUUCUAUGAAAAGGCAUUUGGACACUGUUAUGUGUUUGCACAUAAGUUUGCAAGUAAAUAUUUCAGCAUUUCUGUAAGUGCUGAUUCUAAGUAACUUGAUAUGGCUUUAUGUUUUGCAUAUUGAUUGUAAGAGAUCUUUCAGGACUGAAUUUCACAAGAGGCCAACAUAAAUAAACCAUUAAUGUGUGUAUAGCAUAAAAAAAAUCAAUUUUUUCACUGUGAGAUUUUCACAAAUUUCAUAUAGCAAUUCACCCUUCACACCCACCCAUUCGCACAGGUGUGCGGUUUGUCUGCGAUGCCCUUUUGAAAGAACAAAGCCAGAUACUUGGCAGUGAUUUGCAUACACAUUUUCUGGUAACUUUGACUGUGGGCGGGUAAGUUUAAGGGUAGAAUUCUUAACUUAUACAAUUAUACCUUCAUUAUUUGCAAAAGCAGAUAAAAACCUUUCGUAUCAUUUUAUCCUUGUGGCAAAAAGGAUUAUGUCUGUAGGGAAAAUAUGGGAAACUAAAGGAUCAGAAGGGCAUGCAGGAGAAAGACUAUAAAAAGGAAGAUGUUUUAACACAGUAAAAAGAAAAAAAAAUGUGAUGCAAUGCCAACCACUUCCAGGUAUGCAGAAUUCCAGUUCUCGGUUAAAUUUAUCAAAACAGAAUUGUGAGGCAUAUUUGAUUAUUUUAAAUAUUGGUGAACUAACAUUUUUUUGCAGGAGUCCGUAUUCUUUUUUUCUAUAAAAUUUUAUUAAUUUUCCGUAUAACAAGAACUUACUACAACAAUCUACUUGAACAAAACUAUUUCCAAUUGUCUACAGUUCUUGCUACAACAAACAGUAUAAUUAUAUACAGUUACCUACAGUUCAUGUUUGAAUAUUUUUCUUUAUCUGUUCCAUACAUCAGUAAUAGAUAUAAACUGACUUUCACUUCAAUCAGAUUUUUCUAAUAAAAGCUUUUUAUCCCAUACAUAUAAUCUGGAUUAUUGUUUAAGCAUUUUUAUUAAAUCACAGUUUACAUAAUGACAUGGGUAGACAAACAUUAAUAGAAAACCAAACAUACUGACAUUAUUUUCGUGCAGUACACAUGCAUGUUUUGUUUUAACAGUUAACAUUCACUCCAUCAUUACUAAAGUUGAUUGAUUCCUGACUUUCCAUAAAUCUCACUUCUCUUGAACAUUAUGCUGCAUGUAUUCCCACAAAUUCCAUUUAUUUCUUUAUUUACUCCUUCCUUUUUCUAAAGGUCUCGCCUCCAGUUCUGUUAUCUUCUGUACAAUAUUCAUUACCUCAGUUACAGUUAGUUUAAAUUUUGAUUUCCAUUUUCUAAUAAUUGCUUUUUUGGCAGCCAGUAGGAUUAAAUGUUGCAAGGCAUUACGCUUACUAGGCAGUUAAGAUCCUGUGUCCCAGGUCAAAAGAAUCAUUUUUAGUUACAACUAUUUGCUCCCCCAACAUUUCUGACAAAGUAAUCUGUAGGGCAUUUUUAAAAAUAUGUCAUAUCAUUACACUCCAGAAAACAUGUCUCCAGUUACCUUUCUCUUUCCUGUCUACCUUCAGCAUUUGCUGUCUGAGGAUAUUUCUGUGGAGUCUGCUUUGAGUAUAAAAUAUUUAUGCAAACACAUCUAAGCAAAAAUCCAAAACCUUCUGGACUUUGUAGCAUACUUGGGAACCAUACAGAUGUCUUAUUGUUCCUUUCUUAAUUUUAUUUCCAGUCUCUAUUCCCCAUCUCUUCUCUCCUCCUCUAAUUGAUUUGUAUGGUUAUCAUGCAGUAUUUUGUAAGGCCUGCUAAUUAUGCUGUUUUAACAGCAGCUUCUAUUCUAGUCACAACUAAAAACUCCGUAAGAGCCGGUCUUUCAAUCAGUGCACCUGUAUCCCUUUCUGUUUUCGUAUACUCUGGUGGCAGACUUUGGUAAGGAAGGCAGUCUUUAAUCUGUAAACAAAACUUCUGCUUAGACUCACCCUACUCUGUUACCUCUCUCUCUUUCUCUAGGUAUUUGCUCCCAAUACAUUGAUUCCUUUGCCAUUUUAGUCCAGCCCCUUCUUGUCUGUUUUCUACCCCUACUUGAUCCCAUCCUUUUUGGCAACAUCUCCUUUAUCCAUUCCUGUGUUGGCUUAGUUUUAAAAAAAAAUGUUUUACUCUAUGAAUGUAAUAUUUUGUAUGUGGUGGUGGUCCUCCUUAAGGAUAUCCAUAGUCCUACUGUCUCUUUCCUUCUCUAAUUUCCCUUUUGAUUCAUCAUCAUUCCUUUCAAUUUUGAUUUAUAACCUUCUGUGUGUUAUGAACUUUAACUGCAUAUUCCUUAAGUAUCCCUUCAAAUUAUGUUGUUCUAUGGGGAGGAUCAGCUUCUCCAGCAAUAACUUUUGCCCUCUUCUACUCCCAAAUAAAAUUCUUCAGCUCUCAAUUAAUUAUCCACAACAGCUCCUCUGGUUGAUAAAAAUGCCUGACCUGUAUGUAAAACUAAUGGGACUAACACAUUUUCACUGCCUGGAUAUUACUCUCCAUAUCCAUAAUCAAUAGCUUCUAGUUUCUCAUUUUUUGAAUUACCCUUUUUUUAGUCUCAUCUCACAUAUCCUUAGCUUACUUAACUGAAUCCUUUAUAAUCCAUACACCUAAAUACUUUAUCUUGCCAUUACCCAUAAAUAUGGGUAUGGAUGAACCAAUUCGUGUUUACUAAUGUAGUCUUUGUUUUAUCUCCAUUAAUUUUAUAUCCCGAAAAGUCUUGAAACUGUCUCAUAAUGUUCCACAGCACUAAAAUGUUUCUGCAUUGUUGAAGUACAAAAUAAUGUAAUUUGCAAAAAUAUGGCUUUUCUUGUUUGCCAUAUCAUUUAUAUCUUUGUAUCUGUGAGUCCCCCAUUUUCUUUGUCAGUGCAUCUGAAUAUAAAGAUGACACCCUUCCUUUUUGGAGAGGAACCCCCUUCCACCUUAACUAUUGUCUCUGUCCUUUCAUAUAUCUUCCUAAUUAUCUGUAUCCUAUCAGGGGAAUGCAAAUGCUACCAUUGCCGUGCUCAUAAACUCCCAGCUGCCUCUAUUGAAUGCUUUCUCUGCAUCAAGACCCACCAAGAAGAGCUAUAUUUAUAUAUUUUGCUUACCUUUGAAUCUUCUUUGUUCUGUUAAUGUUGUUAAAUGUUUGGCUGCCCUCCAGAAAACUGCAUUGAUUCAUGUGUGUCAGUUUUAGAAACACCUUUGCUAUUCUUUUAGCUAGUACAGACAAACCCUUUAUAAUCAUGGUUUGAAUUGAAAUGAAGCUGGGUCUGAAGGGUCUUUACCUUCUUUGAGUAAUUCAGGCACGACAGUCAAGAUGUUGGUGGAUUGUUAGUAAUAUUAAUACAAACGCAUGUAUUUCUUUUUGACAUGCAACAGUGGUCAGUCUUGUAAGAAGAUCUUUAAAAGAUGGACUUCUUGUUUCUAGUUCCUGUUGUAUACUUUUCUGUUAAAAGCCAUCAGCUCUCAUAAUUGAAGGUUUUAUGAUUUUUCUUUCAAUGACUUCUGGAACAGGAGAAUUUGUCAGUAUUAAUGACCUUGAAACUAUACAUUUAUCAGACCACAAAACUUUGAAAAAAAGAUUUUUUCUUCCCAAAACUUACUAAGUUUUUUCACAGACAUAAAUGUAUGUUGCCAAAUCAGCCUUUGGUUUCCUCUGUCAUUAGUAGUACAUUAUUUCUUCACUUUUUAUAGAUUUUAUUAUUUUAUAUGGCGUUGCAGAUGUUCUAUUGAGUAUUUAGUCCACGUGACUACUUUGUUAGGCACUAGUAGUUGUUGAACCCACUGACUUCAGAAUCACAAUUCUGAUAUUUUUUUCUGUCUUUCAUAUCAUGUUGUAGUAAGAAUUUCUCAUGUUUGUCAUCAGGCUUGUUCGUAUUAUAUAAUUUAUUUUUUUCUGUCUUUCAUAUCAUGUUGUAGUAAGAAUUUCUCAUGUUUGUCAUCAGGCUUGUUCAUAUUAUAUAAUUUAAAAAGACAUAGCAUAUUACUGUUAUCACCAUUUAUAAUGGAAGACACUUGUCUCUUUCUCUCUUAGUGAAAUAAAUUCUAGUUUAACCAAA